AUGUCAAAUUACAUAGCGCAAUCGAAGUCCCCAAUCGACCGUUUCAAAUCGUAUCUCAACGGAUUUUCGCCACCGAAGAACGCAAUAGAAUUGCUUACAAUUGAGAUCGAUGUGGAAAAACAAGAAAAGAUUGGCCUCACACUUCUCAAGGAUCUGGUCAUAAAAGUUCGCCCUGAUACGAUUUCUCAUGGCAAAGUGAAAGUUGGUGAUCUGAUCAUGUCGGUGAACGGCCAUACAGAAGAUGUUAAAAUGGCGUUUGUAAACAUAUCAAAGAGUGGAGUGAAAGGGGUAAAAGUAGAGAUUGCUCGGCUCUGCACGCGUUUCCGAUUGCCCGCUACGGCACUCAAAAAUUUGGGAAUUGCUUUGCAAGAGGGAUACGAUUAUGCUCUCAAUGUGCUCUACUUUUUUCGUGAUAUUCCAACCAAUCUUGACGUGGUGCAUAUCGAAGGAAGGGUUUACGUGGGGAGCGUUGAAGUCGACUCGUCUUCAUCACUCGCACUCGGUCAGGGUGAUUGCAUUUUAUCCAUUGAAGAUACAAAGCUAACUACAACGCAACAGCUUCACGAUCUACUUAAAGAACACUCUGCAAAGAGCUGCUUUGUUCGAUUAAUUUGUGAGAUGCCAAAUUGCGAUAUGAUGAAGAAUUGCGUGCGCAGCAAAAUUCAGCAUGCCGCUCCCGAUCCACCAAUAGAUCUUCCUCUACCAGCUGACGUACGCGAGAUUUUGCGGGUGAAACGCGAAACAGAUGCGAAAACUCCUCAGAAGAAAGCAGUACCGAUUCUAAAAACGAAGAAAGGAAAAGAGGCCGAAGCUGUCCAACCGGCCCAAACUGUUGACUCGAAAAAUAAGGCGAAAAACAUUCGAUUCCAUGAGGAGACUCGGGUUCAAUUGUUUCCCAUUGACAAUGAUAUCAAGUUGCUCGUUAAGCCGCUUCCUCCCAAAAAUGCCAACGAGGCACAACAGUCAGUGAAAUCUUCUGAAACGCCGCCAAAA